AUGGUUGCGUGGCCAAGACCCUCCAACAUUACCGAGCUCCGUGGAUUCUUAGGCCUCACCGGCUACUACCGCAAGUUUGUUCAAGGGUAUGGAUUAAUAGCUCGACCAUUAAAUAACCUCCUCAAAAAAGGGAAGUUUCAAUGGAAUGACGAAGCGGAAGCGGCUUUCUUAGCUUUGAAACAAGCCAUGACAUCCACCCCCACACUAGCCAUGCCAAACUUUACCGAACCUUUCACCAUUGAAACGGAUGCAUCGGGAAACGGAAUUGGCGUUAUUCUAACUCAACAGAAUAGACCAAUUGCCUAUAUGAGUCGAGCCUUGGGAAUCACUAAGCAAAUUUGGUCAAUCUAUGCAAAGGAAAUGCCAGCCAUCGUGGAAGCAAUACGAUUGUGGAGACCAUAUUUACUUGGCCGCAAAUUCUACAUCAAAACCGAUCAACGAAGCCUCAAAUUUUUCUUAGAUCAGCGUGUUGCAACUCCGGAGCAGCAAAAAUGGGUGGCCAAAUUACUGGGGUACAAUUAUGAAAUCAUCUUUCGAUCGGGUCGUGAAAACUCUGCUGCAGAUGCUUUAUCUAGGCGACCAGAAAACCCAUUAUUGGCUGCUCUUCAUUUUUCAGAAGUGGAUAUUUGGAAGCAGAUCCGCGAGGCCUCUAAAUCAAAUUCCUAUGUGCAGCUUUUGGGAAAAAAGGCGGGUGAUCCUCCUCAUGGCAACUUGACUUGGCGUGAUGAGUAUGUCCAGAAAUGUGAGGUAUGUCAACGCAUUAAACCAGAGACCAAGGCACCGGCGGGAUUAUUACAGCCCUUACCCAUUCCUGCACAGGUUUGGGAGGACAUCACCCUCGACUUCAUUGAAGGGCUGCCCACUUCUCAUGGCAAAGACACAAUUCUGGUGGUCGUCGAUAGGCUCAGUAAGUUUGCCCACUUUAUUCCCUUAACUCACCCAUUUACGGCCAAAGUUGUUGCAGAAAACUUUAUUGAGGGAGUUGUCAAACUCCAUGGAAUGCCAAGCUCCAUCAUCAGUGAUCGCAACCCAAUCUUCAUCAGCAAAUUCUGGCAAGAAUUCUUCAAACUCUCCGGCUCCAAACUCAUGCUCAGUUCAGCUUACCAUCCACAAACAGACGGCCAAACUGAAGUUGUUAACUGCUGUGUUGAACAAUAUUUGCGAUGCUUCGUUCACCAAUGGCCGCGAAAAUGGAGUACUUAUCUCGCUUGGGUAGAGUAUUGGUAUAAUACCACCUACCACGCCUCAACAAAAAUGACACCUUACCAAGCUCUUUAUGGCCGCCUUCCACCACUUAUCCCAGCCUAUCCAGAGGGCCUUUCCCCAGUUCAUGAAGUGGAUCAAAUGCUCCUGCAUCGUGACGAGCUACUCCACCAACUCAAGACAAAUUUAGAGAUUUCCAUGAACCGAAUGAAGCAACAAGCCGACUCCAAGUGAAGAGAUAUCCAGUACGCAGUUGGUGAUCAAGUCCUAUUAAAGCUCUGUCCAUAUUGUCAGCAAACAGUCUUCAAACGAGCUCAUAAAAAAUUAUCCAACAGCUACUAUGGACCCUAUCCUAUUUUGGAGAAAAUCGGAGCAGUAGCAUACCGCCUGCAAUUGCCACCUACAACUCGAAUUCACCCCGUGUUCCAUGUCUCUUUACUUAAACCAUACAAUGGCACUCCAGCUGUCACUCCACUUGACUUACCUCCACUUGCAGAUAAUGGCGUCAUAACCCUUGAACCUCAACAGAUACUUGAUACACGAUGGAUUAAGCGGGGCGACACCUUCAUGGAAGAAAGCUUGGUGCAUUGGAAGCAUCUACCCCACGAAGAAGCCACCUGGGAGUCCACGGAUACUCUUUGCCACCAAUUUCUUCAUCUGAUGCUUGAGGACAAGCAUCCUCUCCAUGGGGUGGGCAAUGAUAAGCCCAGAAGAUCCUGUCGGACCCCGAGGCCCAACUCACGCUAUAUGAACUGAUGUCCAUGUUCAGAAGCCAAGCCCAUUUUUCCUACUUCAGCAUCAUUUCCUUUUAUUGUAUUGGCUGGUUUAAUAUUUGCUGGUUUACUUUUGUUUAGGGCAGUUAUUAGCACGACUGCAAUUCAUGGGUAGUGGGUGAAUGAGUCUCCUACAGACUCGGACACCAUUAGCUUCAUUUCAGUUGUUUCUUUGAUGUAUAACUUUGGAAAGAAGAGAAUGGAAAAGGGAGAUCAGAAGUUAAUGAA